UAACUUGAAGCCUGAAACUAUAGAAAUUUAACCUGUGCAGCAUUCUAUUGUUUUCUGUUUACCUUUUUGUAAUUUGAGUUUCAUUUGUGACUCGCCGAACAAAAUAAUUUUUAAAUUCGAAUAUCACAUUAACGAUGAAAUAUGUUGAAAUAUUCCUCUGUACAUAUUUAAUAUUUUGUUAUAAGGCAGAAAUGUAAAAUGGUGCCAAUUUUAAUGAUGAUGCAUAGUUUGGCUAGUAAACGACGUAUUGUGAGGCAGCAAAGUGAAAUAAAAUCAACGAAAAUGGAUUGUUGUAGGACUUGCCUAAGUACUGAAAAUCUUAGUGAUAUAUUUAUUAAUAAGGAAACGAUUAUCAAACGGUCUCAAGAUUUGGAACUUGUUACAGGCUUAAAGAUUAAUUACCAGGAUGGCUUAUCACAGAAAAUAUGCAAAAUGUGUUCAGAUAUAUUAAGAAUGGCAUUAAAGUUCCGUAAGAAAUGUCGCAAAGCGGAAAAAACCUUGUUAAAUAAGAAACCUAAAGAUAUUAAAAUUAAAAAAGUAUGUAAUAAUGGAAUUGAGAAAAAAGAUGAUAUUGAAACAAAUGAUUAUAGUUAUAAUUAUUUUGAUGAUGAUUUUGACAAUCAUGAUUAUGAUGACGAAAAACCUAAGGAAGUUCUUCAGAAAACCCUACUCAAGGAAAGGCGUGCAAAAACACCAAUAGCAACAUCAUAUAAAUGUAAUACAUGUAAUAAGGAAUUUCGUAUGAAGGCUACAUAUAGGGCGCACAUGCGAUUUCAUACUAACUUCUGUGUUUGUGAGGCCUGUGGUAAACGGUGUAGGAAUAAUAAUCAAUUACAAGAACAUAAAAGAGCAAGACAUGGCUUGGGCAAAAUACAUAAGUGUGCGUACUGUGAAUAUAGUUCAGCUACAAAAGAGGCGCUUAUUAUACAUGAGCGUAGACACACUGGUGAAAGACCAUACAUUUGUGAUCAUUGUGGAGCCAGCUUCUAUCGUAGAUCUACUCUUGUACAACACAUAGCUAUACAUUUACCAGAAAAGAACUUUCAAUGUGACAUGUGCCCCAAAAGGUUAAAAUCAAAAAAGUUUCUCCAAAUACAUAAGCACAAUGCACAUACAGGCAAACGGUAUGGGUACCUUUGUCCCAUAUGUGAACACCGCUUUGAGAAACCAAAUAAAGUCAGAGCACACACUAGACGGGUACAUGGUGUACCUGAUGAACAGCAUGGUGCUAUUGUGAGAGUUCAAUUGUAGACCAAUCCUCUAUCGAGGCUCAAACCGCUGCAAAGUUCAUAUUGUGAGCUUUUUAAACAUUCACCGUUGAUGGAAGCAAAGCCACUAUUAUGUGGUUUUUUAUGUCUACAAGUAGUCUUUUGAACUGCAGACCAGAGAAACCUGAAAACUGAGCGUUCUAUUAUGAUCAUCAUAAUUUUAUAAUACCACAAUUUAUAUUUCUUUGAGUGAAUCUAUUUGCUUUGGUUUUCCAUCAAAAUGGAUCCUGAGCAUACAUCACAAAAACACGUUGAUGUUUUCUUGUCCCCAAGAAAAAAACAUCCACAAAAAGCUUUCACUGUUACUAAAAAAGUAAUGUUAUUAAAAUUAAUCUUCAUAACUAAAUUAUCCGUUCAGAAAUAUUUAAUUUCCUGAUAUACUUAGUUUCUAUUAUAGUAGUAGUUGUUUAGAUAUACUGAAGUAUUUCCGAACCAAUUCGACUUAGGGUCCUUCAAGAAAAGAGCGUACCAAUUCUUAAAAGGCCGGCAACGCACUUGCGAGCCCUCUGGCAUUGA